AGGUGUGUUUUUAACAUAAUUAUUAUUAGCUCAAUUUUGUUAUCAUGGUGGCUUCCGGUAAAAUUUCCGAAUUACGCGGUUGGAUUUCGAAACUUAAACGUAAAAGGCGUAAUUUCAAAUACGAGCCGCGUAAAAACCUUUUCGUCGAGGCGAUUUUAGCCAACGCCCUCACCAGCACCCAAGCGGAAAUUCGGAAAAUUCAAGAAGAACGAGUACGAAAAUGGAGGAAUUCUAGAAAGUUCCAGAGUGCAUGUGGCCGAGAAAACUAUGAAAAUAGUAGUAAGAUUCCUCCCGAUUGGGACCCGGAUCUCUAUGCAGAGAUAAAUGCUGAUAUAGAUAAGUUUAUGUCGCAGUUGACCUCCAAACCAAAAUGUUCCUAACGAUUAGCGCAAUAUUUGUCAAAGACGAAGGCUGUAAUAUUUUAAUACUUUCACUAUCAUACCUGACAGGAAGAAUAAUCCAAACUGAUUUUUUUAAUUAUAUUUAACCCAGAAAUAAUAGGUCUUUCCAUUGCAUUUUUGGCAAUGUGUCUAUAUUUUUGCUUCAUAUUGAAGCUUUAUUUUCAAUAUUGUAUUGUCAUUAUAUACUUUAUAUUUAAA